CUUGUUAUAGAAUAUUUCUCUUUUUUGCGCUCUCGGAACAAAACUAAAACAGAAGCCCUCCAAAAAUUUCAAAACCCCCCAAUUUAGUUAAAAAAAAAAAAAGUGCGCCAACUCGAUUUCCCCAUCCUGCACCACCGUAUCACCUCCAGUUAUGGCCGAUUCCAUUACAAUCGAUGGCACCGACGAGGACUUGGCCCUCUCCAAGUCCGACUACCUGAGCCGACAAGAGGUGCUUCGUCGGCGGUCACGGCGGGUGAAGCAGCUGGCGAGGCUCUACAAAGCUCACUACUGGAGUCUAAUGGAGGAGCUCAAGAGAAAGCACAAGGAAUACUAUUGGCUGUAUGGAAAAAGCCCCUUCAAAGAAGACGAGAAGAAGAAUGGCGAACAGAACGAUGAAAAUAAUAAGUUAGGGUUAGGGUUUCAGCUCAAGUGUCAGAUUUCAGAUUGCAAAGAUAAAGCGAUGGCGUUGACUCGGUUUUGUCAUAAGCAUAUUUUGAAGGAUACAAAUCAGAUGCUAUAUCGAGGCUGUAAUUUUCCUAUCAAGAGUGGGCAGCUUUGCAAGAAACCAAUCCUAAGAUCUAUUAAUCCUCCUCAUUGCCCCGUCCAUGCUCAAGCGGCUGAAAAACAUCUUCAACGAGCAUUGAAAAGGGCAGGCCUUAAUGUCUCUUCUCCAAGUAAGCUCGCUCCGAAGUUGCAUGUUGUUGUUGCCGAGUAUGUUCGCCAGAUUCAAUCUAAAAGAAGAGAAGCACAACGAAAAUCGGCAUCUAAAAUCAAGAUUGAAGAGAAAACUAGUGAAAGUUGAAUAUUAUUCCGCAAAACAUGUUAAGCCGACAGAAAUAGGUAGCUUUAUUGCUGCUGGCGGCGCUUCCAUAUUUCAGUGUCUAGGCCUAGUAGGAGCGAAAAUGCUGUGAGACACUGGAUAUGUGCAUUGAAGGUUAUUAUUUUUGCAUGUUAUGUGAAGGUAGCUUUUUGUUGUUGCCCAUUAUUUUUUAACCUUUUGUUAUUGUUCGGUUUUGACGUUAAGUUUUAUAUAUUCCUUCCUUUACGUGUAUUUACUUCAUUUUUCAUUGAAAUGUAAUAAUAAAAAAAUGAGCUUCGACUUUCUGGA